GUCUUUUCAUAGUUAUAUAAUCGUGUUUGAGAACGUAAACUAUCACAAAAGACAAAUAUUUCAAGAUGUUCAAAUUUGCUGUUUUAACACUGCUCUGCUUGCCUGCAGUUGUUUCAACAUUUGAAUGUGAGAUUGAUGGAAUAUUUGAAAAGGGGUGUAAAUCAUUCAUCAGGUGUAAAGAUGGAGUAGCAGAAACUAUUGAGUGUGGGGAAGGAUAUGUCUUCAACGAAAAAAUUGAAGAUUGUGAUUUGAUUGAAAAUGUGGAUGGUAUUUGUGGUGAAUACAUAGAUUGUAGUGAUAAAGCCAAUGGUCACUACCCUGAUAUGUCGAGUUUCUGUCAGACCUACUACACUUGUCAUGAAGGCGCAUUCCAUGGUCACAAUUAUUGUCCACAAGGUCUGGUGUAUAAUGAAGAACUUGGUGUUUGUGAUUGGCAGCAGAAUACUUAUGAACCAUGUGGCCUCAAACCGCGACCAACUGAGAAAUAAACAAACAAGCUUUUAACUAACUUUUAUUUUAUCACAGAUGCAUAACUAUUGUUAUUUUUUGUAAAGAUCUAUACUGUGAAUAAAAAUUUGGACAGUUAGUCCUACUUUUU